UUGAGCUCUGAGGGCCGUAAUUUGUUAAGAGUAUGGUCAAACAUCAGGAAACACCAAUCACAGGUAAGGUAGGGCGGGCAAUCCCACAACGCACUGGCAGCUCAACGCGAGACCUUGAACGUUGUCACGCGAGAUUGUGUGAUCUAAGGAAGAGCGGUAAGGUGCGGCGGUCCGUUAAUGCAGCAUCUUCGUCUUGUGUGCGUCUUGUAAAAGAUGGAAACUACGUGGAGGAAUGCACCUAAUGUUAAAGGAGAAAGCAAUGACUGACGACAAUAAAUAUCAGUCAUUUCUUUCUUCUUUUGUUCUCUUAAUUACUUCAGAACACAAGGAGAGGAAGUUUGCAGUUGUGCGGUGGAGUGAGGGCGCCAUGGGAAGAAACAGCGAGGAGGGUGGCCUCACUACAGGGGCACUGUUGUUUUUGUCUGUGGUGGAGAUCCAUCCUGGGACAGGAGUCAUGAUCGAGAAACUGGCGUGGGCCUAUGCUAUUAAUGCAAAUUCUGCUACAGUCUUUGUGAGGCAUCUGCUCACAGCAGUAUUCCCAACAGAGACACUGCUGGUGCAACUCUUGAGAAGUGGCCUGGGACCAAACCCUCCAGCAUUGGUGUCGCAAUCAAUGCCAAGAUCACAGAACUCCGAGCCAAAAGUAAAAAUGUCUCUGUCCCAGAAUCCCCUUAGAUGGCUUGUUUGUCACACUUUGUGUGAGGAUAUAGAUUGUCAUACUGUAAGUGGGCAGGUUUUUAUCAAUCCUUUGUUUUGCCAAGUUGAUACUUGAAAGUUCUGUAUGGUAGCUAUUGCAGCCAAAAACUAUGCCAUCUUGUUUGCUGUUUUCACGAAAAGAGUUCAAAUAAGGCAAAAUGUUUUGAUAUCAGUAUUCCACUGUAAUGUCAGUUCACUGCAAAUGGAGGUAAUAAAAUUUAAAGUUUGCUCGGCAUUCAUGUUUUCUUCAGUAUUACAGAUGAAGUUGUUGAGAGGCAUUUAUAGACUGCAGAGCUGUAAAUAAUGCUAUGAAGUAGUUGUUCUGUAAGCAAACUGGGUAGUCUAUGAACUGCUAGUGUGUAAUUCACUUUAGUACAUCUACAGUUGGAGAGGGACAAAUUUAUGUGUUAAUUUGUUUCUU